GGACUUUGUGCCUCUGCCUUGCCUCCUCGGAGGAGUCAACUGCCGAUGGCUUCACGUCAACUUCCCUGCUGGAGUUUGCCAUGAUGGAGCCUAUGAAUUCCCAUGAGCAAACCAGCCCGGAGCCUGCGGAGCCUGAUCUUGCCCCCGGCUCUCUGCAUGCUGCCCCAGGAUCAGGGUUUGCCAGUGAGGAGAAUGAGGAGUCCAAGAUCUUACAGCCCCCGCAGUAUUUCUGGGAAGACGGGGGAGAGCUCAACGACUCCAGCCUGGACUUGGGACCGGCAACAGAUUACAGCUUUCCUGCUGUGUCUCAGAAGACCCUGCUGAAAGGCAAUGGGACACAGGUGAAAGACAACUGGGAAACAGCCACCGUCCAGCCGCCAGCAGAAUUUGUUGAGCCUGACUUGCACACGCCUUUCUCCAGCACGUUGGAGGAAGAGGAGGGGCUGCUCCCUAUAGACCACUCAAGAGGAGGAGUGGGGAACCUCCAGACCUCUGGGCCAGAGGUUACAUCUUCUGAACCAGUGGGCCAAGAGGAUUCCUUCUCCCUUCUGUUUUCCACAGCCUCUGCUGGGCCAGAUAUUGUGACCAAGGCAGCCGUAGGAGGGCAAGAAGAGGACUCUGUUCCUCCAGGCUUAGACCUUGGGAGCAGCAUGGGACCAGGUCUUCUGCCUGUGUCCUCUUUUUUUUCUGCUACUGUUGCUUCAAGGUCUCCCAGCAUUUCAGAAGAGCCCUUCGAGGUAACAACUGAGGACACGUGGGCUGUUGGAGGAGCAGAUUCGGAGCUGACUGUGACUACCACAAGAGCAGAGUUUGCAGAGACCACAGUGGAGGCUGGUGGGGAAGAGAAUUUGGAUAGAGAAGAGAUCUCAGAGACUACGGUGGGGUGGGAGAUGCUGGAGCCUACAGCGCUAACUGAAACGGAGCAGACAGUGGAAACGCCUGUGGGGACACCCUCUUCUGGAGGCAGCUCCCCAGGCACCCAGACUCUUCCUGAGAGUGAGCAGCCCCCCACUUCUGCAUCUCCAUGGGACAGGACUGAUGAGCCUGUGCUGGAUCCCAUUUGGAAUGACACCGAGUCAGCCACCGAGACUGUGGGAGCAGAGAGGAGCUUGUCACCACAGGCUGGGGAUGCCCGCAUGGCCAUGCUGCCAACAGAGCCGCCCUGGGACUCGGCACAGGUGAUCUGCAAAGACUGGAGCAACCUGGCGGGGAAAAACUACAUCAUCCUGAAUAUGUCGGAUAACAUUGACUGUGAGGAGUUUCGGCUGGAGAGGGGUCCCCAGCUGCUGGCACUGGUGGAGGAUGCCUUCUCCAGGCAGGCGGAUGGACUGCAGGACCGCUGGCUGAUCUCUCUGAGCAAACCCAAUGAGAACGACAAGCACUUGCUAAUGACACUGGCAGGGGAACAGGGUGUUAUCCCUACAAAAGAUGUUCUCAUGGCACUGGGGGAUGUUAAGAGGAGCUUAGCCGAGAUUGGCAUCCAGAACUACUCAACCACCACAAGCUGCCAGUCACACCCCAACCAGACACGCAGUGAUUAUGGGAAGCUCUUUGUGGUACUGGUGAUCAUUGGCUCCAUCUGUGCCAUCAUCAUUGUACUGGGGCUCAUAUACAACUGCUGGCAGAGGCGCCUGCCCAAGAUGAAGAACAUGUCGCACGGUGAGGAGCUGCGCUUUGUUGAGAAUGGCUGCCAUGACAACCCCACCUUGGACGUGGCCAGUGACAGCCAGUCGGAAAUGCAGGAGAAGAAGCCAAGCGUGAACGGUGGAAACACCAUCAAUGGCCCCGACAGCUGGGAUGUCCUGAUCAAUAAGCAGGCGAGCGAGGAUGUGGAUGUGUUUGAGGAAGACACACAUCUUUAG